AUAUUUUUUAAGUUUCUCAUUUCCAAGAUGGCAGCGUCCUUGCGAACAGUGUUGACACUCUCAACUAGACAGUGCGCAUCCAAGAUUCUUAGAAGCCACCGUGCUGUGGCCAGAGUCCCAAGACGAUUUCUCUUGAGCGAAGCUUACAGUUGCAACGAAGCAUGGAGGAAGCAACUUGAGGAUCCAGCUGUUAAACAAGUGUCACUGAGCGAGUUUGCCUUCCAAGUGCGGGAUGAGCUGGAGAAGACGGGAAGAGCUUCGGCUGUCGACGUGAAUGUCUUGGCCCAUCUUCUGCAACACAUGGAGGAGGAGGAUGAGGUGGAGUUUAUGGAGGACAUCUUACAUAGAUUCAGUCACUGCCAGGACUGCCUUCCUCGCAGUGACUCCACGUCCCAUGCGGUUGUGCGGAGCUACAUCGCUGCGGGUCAGAGCGCCCGCCUCCCAGCGCUAUUGGCCGACCGGCUUCACUUCGGCAUCCUGCCCAACCACUACACCCUCAACCUCCUCAUGGACUAUUUCAUCCGACAGGAGCGUUUUGCCGAGGCGGUCCAGGUGGCCUACUGUUCCACCAUACAGGAGGAUUUCUCCAACCCCAUCAAUGCCUGGUUGGCUCUACACGCAUGCACGCAACGGUUGUUGGGCACGGAUGUCGACGAUUUAGCCCCGCCCCCUCCAGAAGCUUCUGAUGGUGAAGAGGACUGGAUCAAAGUGAAGUACAUCCGGUAUCCGUACUACGACGAUCACAUGGAUAUUAAGGACGAGCGUUUUCUCCUGGGCAAAACGUUGCUCAUGAUUGGGAAUACCGACAGCAUAGAUGUCCCGAGUGAUGUGAGGAACAGUUUGAAAGUUAUCGGUAGUGGUUUGUAUCACAAAUUUGCCAGAGGUCUGGCUAGGCUGAAGGACAUCGCUGAGUCAACAGAAGGGAAUGUCCUGGAACAAGCGUUGGAAUAUUUCUCUCAAAGUCUGGACAAAGUGGAGGCUAGAGAGGCUGACGAGCCAGAGGUGGAGAUUGCCCUGAGAACAAUGGACGAUGAAAUUCGCAAGCUCUUGCCCACCAGGGAAGAGAAGGAAGAAUUUGUGGAGGAGCUGGGUAGACUCCGGGAGCGGCUUGUAGCCCAGGGUCGUGUCGUGUCUGGUGUGGAUCUGGGUCAGUCUGUCUUGGACAUGGCUACCGCGAGCGUCCAGCAGUUCGAAUCCGCAGAGAUCUCGCAGCAAGAGGCUCUAUUCAAGGUGUGGGGCCAGGAACAGCAGAUGGAGCUGGAUAGACAGAUGGCCGAGUACAGGAAGAAGGAGAGGAUCGAGGAGAUGAAGCAGCAGGUGAAGGAGUUGCAAGAACAGGAAGAGCUUCUGACUUACUUUGACUUUGAGGAAAACAUUCGGCUGAAAUUUUUGGACGAAGACAGAGCCACAGAUCAAAAAUUGACAAUUUCGAAAUGAGUUUUACAAUUUUGCGUAGGUCUAUGAGUGUUUGAUGGCUUUGUGACUAGUAAAACUGGUGAUACAUGAGAUUGUGUUGUUGCCAGCUCUGCUGUAUGCUGACAAUAUCGCCUUUUUUUUGUCCCAGCAGUUUCGAGAAAAAGAGGUUUUUUUUUUGUCAGUGUAACUUGUAACCAUUGAAAAAUAGUGUUUUCUGAAAUUUGAAUUCAAAUUUAUUAAAAAAAAACUAGUCACAGUUUCACUUUGAUUUUCUCACACAAGUUGGGUAACUGAUCAAGGUUUCGAUUUAGCAAAUAAAAAAUUUUGUCUCGGAAAUGAAAAAAAGGUGUUUUGUCAGCUUACGGUAGAGCUCUGUUCACUCAUUAUAAUUCUGUGGCUACUCUGGUCAAAGGGUUAUUGCAUCAUUUGAACGAAUGAGGGAGAAGUUUUAAACUCUUGAGAUUGUGACACAUGCUAGCUACAUUGUGAUUUUGCAUGGAAGACUUUCACAUUCUUUAUUAAUUCAAACUGCCUCCAUUUUUGGUUUAUGACUGUUUGGAAAGCCAUCUUUGUAUUUCAUAUUAUUGUGAUGUUUUCUUAAUAGUAGACAGGUAUGUUUGGAAUAUAAGAGUUAUUUCACUCUUCAUCUGUGCAUAGUAUGAAUUAAGAAUGUGUGUAGAAGUAUGUAUGUAUGUAGAACUGAAGAAUGUAGCUGUGAACAGAUGGAAUAAAUGUGAAAGGAAUACAUGUUUGUGGAUUUAAUACAUGUUAUGUGAUAGAAGUAUUGUUGGAAAGUGACAUAAAGCCAUGUUUGAACUGAU